GGAGACCCCGUGGUCUUACACCUCACUGCUGAACGAGGGGUUGUGCGACGACGAUGGCAAUGCAGCGGUUGAUCUCAGCUUCCAAUUGCUCAGCAGCAGCGGAGCAACGGCAACGCGCACUCGGAUCAUCAAUCCCCACCCAGAUGGGGAUUGCGCGGACAACACGCACGUUGGUCUGCGCAGGGCGCGAGACGGUGGUGUACCUCAAUCGCUCCGCGAAGGUGGGGGGGAUCGAAAUGUGUUGUCGACGAACGUCGGAGGAGGACACGGUGCGGAUGAACGUCCGGAGUGGAUGCGCUUGUCACCUGUGUCGCGACGCGGAUCUGGGACUCCUCGAGGACGGUAACGACCGGAGGAUUCGCGUGAGGGAGCUCCACGUGGACGAAGGCGAUGAAACGGCUUUCGAUGAGCUCCUGGGUUGUGACGACGUUGACGGCGACGACGAUUGCAACUCCGACGAUUUGCCAGACAUCAGGCCACUUGGGAGGAAGGUGACGAACGGUAGUGCGAGUGCGAAGAGGGGUCCCGCUCCGAAAAAUCGACGGAAUAAGAAAAUGGAUGACGACACCGGCCGAAGCGAUGGCGAGGACGACCGGAAUUUAUGGUCGGUGGGUGACACGAUCGCACUCGUCAGGGCAAAAAGGGUUCAAUAUAUGUAUAUCACCGGCAUGGGCACCAGUUUUGCCCGCAUAAAAACGAGGGAGUGGAAAUGGGAGGACGUGCAGGUGAGGUUGCAAACGAUGGACAUCACGAGGGAGGGCGUCGACUGCGGGAAGAAAUGGGACAACUUGAUGCAGCAAUUCAAGAAGGUCCACAAGUUCCAAAACCUCUCCGGCGGGAAGGACUACUUCAAGCUUGCAUCAAAGGCCAGGCGAUCGGAGGGCUUCAACUUCGUCAUGAUGGACCGGAGCGUGUACGACGAGAUGGAGGCCAUGACGAAGGGGGAUCAUACGAUCCACCUGAAGAAUUUGGCAGACACGGGGGCGGUCGGGGAGGUUCAGAUGCCGGCAGGCGCGGGGGCUGGAGGGGAGACCAUGGCUAGUGAGGGUGGAGGGGAGGCAGCCGACGAGGAGCAGGGGUCGACGAAAGACUCCACAUUCAUUUUAAACCUUGGAUGACGAGGCUAAAAUGGAGGGAGUUUUGUAGGGUAGAGCUGGAAAACACGUUCUGGGUAAUGGUACUUCAAUUGUCACUUGAUGCUAUUGUACACACCAAGGUUGUAACCAGUCCACUAGGAACGGUCCUCGACCGAGGAUCGCAGGAGACAUCGACAUAAAUCGAAUAAGGAAAAAACAAAAAAAAACAUGACGUGGAAAGAAAGUAAAACAAAACCACAAGU